CGUCCGGGUGCGGCCGGAAGCGGAGGGGAGACCGGACAGUCCAUGGCGAAGGCUGGGCCACGGGGGGCCCGGGGCUCCUAUCGGUGCCGGGGACAGCGGCGGCCCCCGACCUGGGAGAUCUCGGACUCGGACACCGAGGGCGCCGCCAGCGCGGAAGCGGACUCGGAGACCGCCACGAGGACCCGGGACCCGGCGGAGGAGCACAGAGCGACGGCCGAGGCUCUGCGGCUGCUGCGGCCCGAGCAGGCUCUGCGGCGACUUACGGUGCGCGUGGACCCAGCCAUUCUGGAAGAUGCAGGUGCUGAUAUCCUGAUGGAGGCCUUGGGCUCUCUGGGCUGUGAGUACCACAUCGAGCCCCAGCGCCCUUCCCGGAGCCUCAGGUGGAGCAGAGUGAAGCCAGAGCCUUGCCUCAAUAGUGUGCCUGCUGAGCUGUUGGCUGCAGAUGAGCAGGAACUUCUGCUGCUGCUGCUGGAGCCUGAGGAGUUUCUGCAGGGUGUCUUCCAGCUGACCCAGAUCUGUGGCCCAACCUGCUCAGUGCCCUGGAUCUCUCCUGAGAGCUGCACCUGCCCCCACCUGGCUGUCAUUGGACUGGAUGCCUACCUGUGGUCUCGCCAGCCCAAUGCCCAGGAGAUGCAGCAGCCAGAGAGUCCAGGCGUGGCUCGUGCCAAGGUGGUGGUUGGCUGGCCUGAGGUGGAGGAGGCCCUGGUGCUGCUGCAGCUCUGGGCGAACCUGGACGUGCUGCUGGUGGCCUCCUGGCAGGAGCUGAGCCAGCGUGUGUGCGCCUUCACCAAGGCCCUAGCCCAGCGCCCCUUCAAGCGGUUCCAGGAGUCCAAGGCCUUUUCCUUCUGCACAGCCAGGCGCUGGGUGGCAGGUGAGCGAGUGACAAGAGAUGGCACAGGGCUUCGGGGGGCCUGGUGGCGGCAGAUCAGGCAAUUCAACCGGGUCAGCCCGGCAGUGGCUGAUGCUGUUGUCACUGCCUUCCCAUCACCCCGCCUUCUGCAGCAGGCUUACCUGGGCUGCAGCACCGAGCAAGAGCGCAUGGCCCUCCUAGCUGACCUUCCCGUGAAGGUGGAUGGAAGUGGUCGGCUUCGAAGGGUGGGGCCCGACCUUUCUCGCCGAAUCUGCCUCUUCCUGACCUCCACCAACCCUGACCUCCUGCUGGAUCUGAGCUCUUGACCAUGCCAGCACGACCUACAGGGCCUUCUCUGCCACCAGCAGGACAGCAGGCAGCCCAGCCAGGGAGUGACCAGACACCAGAAAGGGUGAGGGGGAGAGCCGUCACCUAGCACAACCUGUCCCUCAGCCUGGGGAGGGGCUCUCCAUCAGGUCUGAACCCGAGGGGGGCACAGGUAGCAGGAAAGGUUCUGGAAUUAACAGUGUCUCUCCAGAUGGCGUGCUGGUGAGGCUGGGGGCAGGGCUGGGGAGCACCCAUGUUUCUGCUGGGGGACAAGUACCAGUCACCUGGAGGCUUGGGGGCGGCGCCUUCAGAGAGGAAAGGUGUGAAAAAGUUCUGGAGGAAGGGAACCAGGC